CUGGCCGGGAGAUUUACUGCGCUGGUUCUGGCUCGCGCCCGGGCAGGAGCAAAGUGCAGGGGAGCCAGGCGCGGGCGGUGGCCGGGAGUUGCGCGCCCCGGCUGUGCGUGCGCUGGGAGAGGGGCGCGCAGCGCAGCAGAACUUUGCGCCCUGAGAAGCUCGCGCAGAGGAGGGGGCUGCUGGGGGCGCCUCCGCGGGGAGGAAAGUGAGUGCUGCUGGGGAGGACAGCAAGACCUCGCCGCCCAGCCCGGCCCCCGGGGAAGUGCCCGCCGCCCGGCCCCCCUUGCCGGGACAAUGCCGAUCCUGAAGCAGCUCGUCUCCAACUCCGCCCACUCCAAGCGGCGCUCGCGGGCGGAUCUGACGGCUGAGAUGAUCAGCGCCCCGCUGGGCGACUUCCGCCACACCAUGCACGUGGGCAGAGCGGGGGACGCCUUCGGGGACACCUCCUUCCUCAACAGCAAGGCCGGCGAGCCGGAGUCCCCCGAGGAGCUGGGCUCCUCCAAACCCGGCCUGCUGUCCCGUACAUUCCGCAGCAGCAAGAGGUCGCAGUCGGUGACGCGCGGCGACCGGCGGGACAUGCUGGGCUCCCUGAGGGACUCGGCCAUCUUCGUGAAGAACGCCGUCUCCCUGCCUCAGCUCACCGAGAAGGAGGCGGACAAAAGCGCCGGGAAGCUGCCCAAGAGCCUUUCCUCGAGCCCUGUCAAGAAGGCACCGGAGGAGGCGGCCGCCCCGGAGGAAAAGCCGCGUCCCAACGGUGCAGCCACCCGCCCCCAGAGUCCCAGCCUGGACGAGCGAGACUUUGGGGACCUGACAGAUCUGCCUGUCGUGGUGCCGAAGAGCAGCUAUGGCAUGAAACACGCCGAGUCCAUCAUGUCCUUCCACAUCGACCUGGGGCCCUCCAUGCUCGGGGACGUCCUGAGCAUCAUGGACAAAGACCAGUGGGACCAGGACGAAGACUUCGGCGCCAUGGUACCCGAGGAGUUCCGAAGGGAUGGAGGCCCUACCCGGGUACCUGCAGCCCACCAGCUCAGCCAGGAAGGGAGGCCCCAGCCGGAUUCCCUGCUGAUGGCGCCAGCCUGCCAGGACCAGAGCAGGGCCGUGGGCUCUGCCCGGAGCCAGGUCAGCAGGGACAGCAGUUCGGUUUCUAGCUGCACGGUACAGGGGCUGGAGGAGCACCGCCCAUCCCCCGAAAGACGGAGCUACGGGAUCCCAGAUGGCGCCCGGCCUGGCCCCCCCAAGCAGCACGACAAACAGUUCUCCUUCGCGGAUGAGGAGGACGACGAGAUCAGAGUGUAGGAAGGCGGCUGAUCCGACCGGUCUGGUGUAAAUUUGCGGUAGCUUGAGCACAAGAAGGGAUAACCCGAAACUGACAAUGUCAGAAGGAAUGGCACCGGGAGACACUUAACUCCACUCCUUCCCCUUUCCCCACGGGCUGUGGCCAGAUUCCCCUCCGCUCCUCUCUGACCUCCCUCCGGGGACUGGGCGAACCUGUGAAACGGGAAGAUAGAUGUCGUGGGGUUAGUUUUUGCUAUUCUGAGGUCGCUGUGGCAGAGGGAGAAACUUGGGUUUAAAGUCAUAGUAUUACGUCGAGCAACCUCUCUCCUGUAAGGCUGCCGAUCUCUGCGAGCUGGGGGAGAACAGCAGGCGGGAGAGGGGACGAGCCCGCUAGCCAGGCUGGAGACAGUUCCUUUCCCAGAAGAAAACCCCAGGCUGUACUGCAAGGGGGAAACGUACUUUCACUUCCACUGGACUUUGGAUAGUAACUUGAUCUCCUGGCCACAUGGAGCAAUACAGAGUCAAGUGACAAGGCCAAGGCUUGAAGCCUCAAUGCCCUUAGUAAGAUACAUUCCCCCCCUUGUGUUUUUAUUGGUCUCCGAUCUGUGCUGGUGACUCUUUUUAACAGCAGAGGAGGGGAAUUCCAGUCUGAAAGAACUUGGUUCAAGAGUUUAGACUUCUGCAUAUUGUAGAGUGAAGUGGCAUUGGAAAGCCAGCGGUUUCUAAGCCUGCAAUUGAUGGUACUUCUCUUUGGGCAGAGCGCUGGGGGGCCUGCAGCUCCAGAGGUGGGGGAGGGAUUUUUUUACUCUUGUAUCUUUUUUUUUUCCUUGUUCUUUUUUUAAAGUGUCCUGUGUUGCAGCACCUUCGGGCCCACGGGCUCCCUGCAGCCUGCCCCAGCUGCUCCUACACAUUGGACUCAGACCUCAUCCAACCACCCCUUGAGAAACCCUCUCCUGUCCCUGCAGCAGCAUCACGUCUCUGGCACUGCGAUGCCCGGCUGCACACGCACGCACACAUGCACACGCACCGGUCAUGGUACGACACGGAGCUGUAACAGAUGCCGCGGGCAGCAGAGCUGCCUGCAGGCCUGGUGCUCUAGAAGCAGGACCCAAUGACUAUGGUGCCAUUCCCAGGUGUAUGGAAGGUUACGGCGGAAGGAGCUGGAGGUGCCUUCUGGGGAAUCCCCUUAACAGGGCUGGGGCAGAGAUGUUGGCUGACCCACCCCAGCUUAUCCUAUCGCUGGCCCCUGGCCUGCCCUCAGCUCCAACCCCUCUGUGCCCUUCCUCUGCUGCAUGAGCAGAUGGGAUGCCCUGGGAGGCAGCUGUUGGUGGGGUGAGACCCAGCAGCCCUCCGGCAGGAAUGGAACAGAGGGGCAGGGGGAAGGAGGUGAGCCCACAUUCCUGGACUUAAAGCUUCGGGGGAUAAUGUCUGGCUCCUCGCCCGGCCGAGCCGCGGGAGCCAGUCUGCACACGUGGGCACGAUGGGUUUAGUGCACUGGCACAGCCUCCUGCAGCCCAGCGGUCUGGGAAUGGGCAGCGUGUGCAGGAGACGCAGACUCGCCCGGUCUCCUCCCAAGGGAGACGCCCCCUGGGCAGACGCUCCUGAGCCCAAGAGCUGCCGGGGCAGCCUGACUAGGGGUGGGGAACCAUCCUACCUAGGACACGGGGCUGUCAGCACCACGCUGGAGAGAUGUGUCCUCGCCCCUUGGGCCCUGCCCUGCCUUCUGCACAUCACAGGUAGCAAUAAAACACUAACUUGGGCCUUUUCUAACUUAUUGUCUUUUUAAAUGUUGUUUUGCGCUAGAUCCCCUCCUCCCCCCCCAGGUUGAAAGCAGCGGCUGGGUGCCCCGAGGCAGGACCUGGCCUUGCCUUGUGACUGGGGCUCUGGCCCAUGUGCUGGGAGCUGUACGGUGCAGAUGAAGGGGGGAGUUUAUGAUGUAUGUAAAAUGCAGAACAGAAUUAAACGGUAGUGAAAGCA